UGUUUUUCUUUUUUUUCCGUAUUGUUUGACACAGCUGAGGUUGGACUCAGUUGGCAGAGAGAGAGAGCAGAUUUAAAUACAUACUCAGUGUGAACCGAGCGGGCGCGUCGGUACCCGUUGUCUUUGUUCCAUUGUUUCUCGAUACACACACACUGAAAAAGGCAACAUCUGGGCAAAUGCAGACAUUUGUAACGCGUCAGACUUCAGAUGUGGAACAGUUAAGCGGGGCAGACAGGAUGGAUAUCUGCGAGUGGAUCAUGCGCAGGAGUAGGCACGACAGCGAGCAGUCCUGCGGAAGCACGGUGGAGUACAACGACUUGGAGGCAGCCGAAGCCCUGGUGUGCAUGAGUGCGUGGGGUCAGAGGUCACACCAGCCGGGCCCCUGCAAGCCCCGCCCCCUCACCCCCACCUCUGACUCCUGUGACUCCCUCCCCCAGCCUGAACCUACAGAGCCUCCCAAGGACUUUGUCUCAUUGUCUUCUCUGUGCAUGACCCCGCCCCACAGCCCCAGCUCCACCGAGGCCUUGACCACCACGGCCGCCCCCAGCUCCUCCGCCCCCGUGAGCAGGGCCUGCAGCUGCAGGGGUCCUCAGCCGGCCGACCUGCCGACCGCGCCCCCCUGCAGAGCCAUGGCGACCAGCGUCAUACGCCACACCGCUGACAGCUCCCCGUGCCAGCACAUUCCAGCAGCCCCCCCAGCCGGCUCCCCUCCCGCUCCACGACAGGACUUGCGAAAUGCAGUUUCGCCGUGCAUGCGCCCCCCAGAGGCCCCUCCCCCCCCGCAGCCCGAGCCUCAGUGCAGCAACGUGGGCGGGAUGCCCGGGAAAGACAGUGACAUGCCCACCACCUUGUCCCAGCCCCCCAUCUCCAGCCCACCAAUCAUCUGCCAGGUGGUGCCUGUCACAGGGCAGCCUGGCAUGAUUUCGACUUUCAUCCAGGCUCAGGCGCCAGGGGUCAAGCCCAUCCUGCCUCAGACAGCCACCCUCACACAGCCAUUCCUGGUGGGCUCCGCAGUGCCUCAGGGCACAGUGAUGUUCGUGGUCCCCUCCUCGCCAGUGUCCCAGACUCCCCAGGGCCCGCAGACUGUCAUGACUGUCGGUAACACCAAGCUGCUACCUCUGGCCCCUGCCCCCGUCUACUUGCCCCCAGGACAGAACAGCAUCUCACACAUGGACUUUUCCCGCCGACGGAACUACGUCUGCAACUUCCCUGGCUGCAGGAAGACCUACUUCAAAAGCUCUCACCUGAAAGCGCACCUCAGAACUCACACAGGUGAGAAGCCUUUCGGCUGCAACUGGGACGGCUGUGACAAGAAGUUCGCUCGCUCCGACGAGCUCUCACGCCACCGCCGGACGCACACGGGCGAGAAGAAGUUUGUGUGCCCCGUGUGUGACCGUCGCUUCAUGCGCAGCGACCAUCUGACCAAACACGCCCGCCGGCACAUGUCCACCAAGAAGCUCCCCACCUGGCAGAACGAGGUUCGCAACCUCAACAAGAUGGCCGCCGCCAAACCACCAGCACCCAGCCCAGUCCUUCCUGUCAGCAUGCUUGUGCCUGCCUCAAACUAGCCAGAGCACUGCUCCAGGGACACCUCCCUCCCCAAAACCACAGUCUGGAGGAGGGGGAAGGGGGGUGGGAACAAAAUAAACUCCGCUGCUACUUGCUCAUGGAAAAAAAAAAAAAACCCCAAACAUGCACUGGACUUAACCCCUUUUUUCCUUGUUUUGCUC